AUGCUUGAUGUACUACAGCAGAGUCGUUUCAAAUCGUUUCACACUGAGGCUGAGGUGAUUGAGUUUGCAGCCGCUUGGUUCCCCAGUGCGGAGAUGGCCCAUCGCUUUGUAAAGCCAGAUGCUACCGCGAUUUCCCUUCGUCGACGGUACGUUCUCAAGAAAGGCCUUGUGUUGAAGGGACUCCGCACAAUGGCACCAGCUUGA